UCAUCUUUGGGUCGCUCUCCAUAUAGGUUUAUUUGUCUGAGCCAGCAGAGGAGACGGACCACCCCCCACCAGGUCUUUGGGCUCUACUCUGAGGGAUGGGCACCACAGAGGCAACUCUGAGAAUUGAACACAUGGAAGUCCGAGAUGAGUGGCAGGAUGAAGACUUCCCAAGACCACUCCCUGAGGACGGCGACAUGGAUCCCUCUUGUGGGUUCUCUGAUAACAGAACCUCCCCCCCUAACACCCUGAAUUUGAGCCCACCUCAAGUGGGAGGAGGGUCUCAGCAGAAGCGGCGCACUCUCAUUGCUCCUGAGAUGAAUCUGUCUCUGGACCAGAGUGAGGGCUCACUGCUGUCAGAUGACUUCCUGGAUACUCCGGAUGACCUGGACAUAAACAUUGAUGACAUUGACACUCCAGAUGAGACAGAUUCACUUGAGUUUAUCACCAAUGGCAAUGAUCUGGAGUGGGAAGAUGAUGCUCCUGUGGCCUCAGCCAAGGCAGGGCCUGGAAAUUGUUUUGGAGAAGAGGAUGAUGGGAACGCAAAUGAACGGCUUUGGAGGACAGUCAUUAUUGGAGAACAGGAACAUCGCAUUGAUAUGCAAGUCAUCAGGCCAUAUCUCAAAGUCAUCUCACAUGGAGGAUAUUAUGGAGAAGGCCUUAAUGCGAUCAUUGUGUUCUCUGCGUGUUACCUGCCUGACAGCAGCAGCUCUGACUACCACUACAUUAUGGAAAACCUUUUCUUAUAUGUGGUGAGUAGCCUAGAAAUGCUGGUCGCUGAAGAUUAUUUGAUUAUAUACAUGAAUGGAGCCACCCCUCGCACUAAAAUGCCUGGAAUCAGCUGGCUGAAGAAAUGUUACCAAAUGAUUGACCGGAGACUGAGGAAAAACUUGAAAUCUCUGGUCAUUGCCCAUCCUACUUGGUUCAUAAGGACUGUACUGACCAUAUCAAGACCCUUUAUCAGUGUAAAGUUUAUGAAUAAGAUCCGGUAUGUGCAUAGCCUGGGUGAAUUAGCUGAAAUCGUCCCCAUGGAGCACAUCCACGUACCUGAGUGUGUGGUGCAGUAUGACCAAGAGAAAAUCAAAGCCCGGAGGGAAAGACUGGAGCAAGAGCAGCGGCAGCAGGAAAAGCAGCAGUCUAUCUCACAGGAUUCAGCAAAGAAGUCCGAGAGAAUGUCAAUGGCCGCUGAUUAAUUUGACCCAGAGAAAACAGGACUGGAUGAAGAAGGAGCAAGAAGCAUGAAGACUUAUAUUUUGCCUUAUGAAGGGAAUGCCUUCUUUCACAAAUCCACAGGCUCUAGUUCCUUCCAGCUAAAUAAGGGAGAGUGCAAGUGCUUUAUGACAAUUUAUGGCAAAUGGACAUUUAUUCACUCUUGCUUCAUGCUUUUAAUUGUAGGACUUUAAAACAUUGCAACCCAAACCCACCUGAAGUGAAAGAAGAGUUAAAAUGACUGUUGAAUGUUGGUAUCAGAUAAGCCGCUAUGCUAAUGUACUCAUAAUAACUAGCAUAUUCUGAAUAUACAGAACAUACAAUGCAAAUAUUCAACACAACAAUGAUGUUACUAUAUCAUGCCUUCCUGAUUGAGUGUCAAAAUCAGUUCACUGUUCUGCUUCAUUGCUUCACUGUACUAUUCAUGUGCCUCAAACUUAACACACAUUUUCUACGCUAUAUCAUUUAAAACAUGCAUAAAAAUUGCAUGAAUUAUUUCUAUCUACAUAACAGCAUCUUGCCUUAUAUUGUUUCACUAACUUUAUAUGCAUCCGCUGUGGCUUCAAUCCGCAUUAUUAGUUUGUGUUUGUUAUGGGUUUUACAUGUCAAUAUUAUAUUACGUAUAACCACUGUGUGAUUUUUGCCCUAUUUCACAAAGCAGACAUCCAAAAUAUAUCUGUUAUCUGACAAAUUUUUUUCUUUCUCUGAAUGAGGAAGCAAAUUGUCAAAUGAGAGAGUCCUUCAGACAGCAGCACAGGGAGACGAGUUAAACUCAGGCCAGGGUUAACAGGGUAAAACAGACUCCAGGGUAGGACAGACCAGGUUAGGUUUACAGAGUUACUAUGGUAACUUGGGGACACUAUAAACUUUCAAGAUUAAAAAGUUAUGAGUUCAAACUAAACCUGCUUCUUGAAUUAGGGCCUGUGUUCUUACAUGCAUUUUUAAGUUACUUUUUUCCUGAAUGUCUUCCAUUGUUAGUAUAUUGUAGCAGGAGGAUAAUUUUUUUUUUAUUUUUGUAGCACAAAACAUACUCUAUUUUGAAAGUGUAUAUUCAUUGCUUUAUGGGUUUGCUAGGCCUAUGACCCAUUUAUAUAGGAACUGUAAUUAGUAAUGUUCUUCUUUUUUGUUUAUGAGG